AUGGUAUCAGUUAGUCUCAGCAGCAGCAUCAUAUCAUCGCUGGUCUCCUCUGUGAAUGUUAAAUCUGAACGUCUCUGUCCGUCAGAUGAAGUCGUCUUGAAGUUUGAGAGGGCGAAGGUCAGAGCGAGGAACGUCGCCUACGACACACUACCCAUCGUUAUCCAUGGCAACGGACCCACCAAGCUGCAGCUGAACUACCUGGGGAACUACGUGCCCACAGCCUGGACCUUCGAGAACGGCUGUGGGAUCUGCGAUGACGACCUGCUGCUGUUCAACGACACGCCUGAUGAGGAGAUGCCCCUGGUGUAUGUCGCCGUGUUCAUCGAACGCGACCCCUUCAUGGAGGAGUUCUUGGAACGGCUGACGACGCUCAACUACCCGAUGGCGAGGAUCCGCCUCUUCAUCCACAACAACGUCGUGUACCACGAGCGUCACAUUCAGAAGUUCUGGGAGCGCCACCGGGCGCUGUUCCCCAACGCCCGGCUGGUCGGACCAGAGGAGAACCUGCAAGAGAACAAGGCCAGAGACAUGGCAGUCGAGGCGUGUAAGAAGGAUCCGGACUGUGAUUACUACUUCAGCAUUGACUCUGACGUGGCCUUGACGAACCCCGACACGCUGAGGAUACUAAUCGAGGAAAACAAGUCAGUAAUAGCGCCCAUGUUGUCCAAACAUGGGAAGCUGUGGAGUAACUUCUGGGGCGCUCUGAGUCCUGAAGGAUACUACUCCAGGUCUGAAGACUACAUCGAGAUCGUCCAGGCAAAGAGGAUUGGUCUGUGGAAUGUCCCGUACAUCACUCAGGCCUACCUGAUCAAAGGCAGCGUGCUGCGGUCCAAACUGUCCCAGGUGAGCCUGUACGUGGCGGAGAUGGACCCUGACAUGGUGUUCUGCAGGAGCAUCAGAGACCAGGGAGUCUUCAUGUUUGUGUCAAACCGCGACGAGUUUGGCCGUCUGGUGGCGUCGGCCAACUUCAACACGUCCAGGCUGCACCCGGACAUGUGGCAGAUCUUCGACAACCCCGUGGACUGGAAGGAGAAGUAUAUCCAUGAGAACUACACCAAGAUCUUUGAAGACCAGAAGACCUUCGUGGAGCAGCCCUGUCCAGAUGUUUACUGGUUUCCAGCCUUCUCAGAGAAGAUGUGCGAUCAGCUGGUGGAGACCAUGGAGCACAACGGUCAGUGGUCCGGAGGAUCACACAAGGACGAGCGUCUGGCCGGAGGGUAUGAAAACGUCCCAACUGUGGACAUCCACAUGAACCAGAUCGACUUUGAAAAGGAGUGGCUCAAGUUCCUCAAGGACUACAUCGUCCCCGUCACCGAAAAACUCUAUCCUGGCUAUUACCCCAAGGCCCAGGCCAUCAUGAACUUUGUGGUGCGUUACCGUCCUGACGAGCAGCCGUAUCUGCGGCCGCAUCACGACUCCUCCACCUUCACCAUCAACAUCGCCCUGAACAGGAAGAACGUCGACUACGAGGGUGGAGGCUGCAGGUUCCUGCGUUACGACUGUAAGGUGGAGUCUCCCAGGAAGGGCUGGUCCUUCAUGCACCCGGGCCGCCUGACGCACUACCACGAGGGUCUGCCCACCACCAAAGGAACCAGAUACAUCAUGGUGUCCUUCGUGGACCCCUAAGACUGACUGGGACUGUGUGAGUGUGUUGAAGAGCCUUCCUGGUCACGGAUCGGUCGACCAACCAACCACUUCAACUGGUCUACUCUGUGUGUGUGUGUGUGUGUGUGCGCUUGUUUUACUGUAUUCAUGGGGUCCAAAAACCAGGGACCCACUAUACUUGUGGGGUCAGGCAGCUUUGUAGAGACCAAAAUGCUGGACCCUACAAGUUUAGAGGGCUGUUUGAGGGCCAGGACUUAGUUUCAGGGUUCAGGUUUGGGGCCCCAUGAAGAUAGUGACACAACGCUGUGUGUGUGUGUGUGUGUGUGUGUGUGUGUGUGUGUGUGUGUGUGUGUGUGUGUGUGUGUGUGUGUGUGUGUGUGUGUGUGUGUGUGAACAUUAGUCAACCUCAUCACAGAUACGGCGGCGGAUUAGACGUGAUGACCGUGAAUGCAUCGUCUCAAGACUUCUUAUUUCAUUUUAAGUUUGUCUUUCUGACUUCUGAUUGGACGAUCCAGCCCCACCUGCUUUCACACCUGACGCGCCUUCCCCUCUGACCCGGCUUUGCACGACCUUCAGCGGGGGUCAGACGCAAGACCCUGAACGCACCGUCGCAGGACUUUUCAGAAUAAGAGUCACUUUAUUUAGCCUUCAUUUAGUGACGAGCAGAUGUGCAUUUCAAAAUAAGAGUCACCGUGCUGCCUUAUCUCACGACACUACCUGAAUCUAUGCAAGCAGAACGCACUCCAACUGUGUGCGUGUGAACGACCAUCAGCUGUUACACUCCGUCAGAUGUUUUUGGCCUUUAAGAGUUUGAUUUCCCCAAACAGUUAAUGUGAAGUAAAGUGAGGAUCAGACGAGACGCUUUGAAAACAUUAAAGGCCUUUUAUAUCUCUGUAUUUUAUUCUUCAGCUUUAGCUGUUUAAAUCCAUUUCUUUGUCUUUCCAUCAUGUAGUUGAAUAUUUUUUUUCCCCCAUCGUCGCGGUGUGAACCCGUAGGUUCCUCUCAGUAUUUCUCUGUAUUUAAAAAUGUUUUGAUGAUUUUUGAGGAACGGUUCCUUAAGAACGGGACUUACGAGGUUUCCACCCGACGCUGCCUUCAGUUUUCUGUCGAUACGAGGAGUCAGCGCUCUGGCUUUGUACAAACUGCAUUAAAUUAUUUGUUAAUGACUGAACGAAUAAAGUUUUGAGAUUUUAAUAAAUAAGUUUUCUGUCACAGCA